AUGAUUUCGGCAUCGACAGGAACUCAAGCAAGCCAUGUCGGAAGAUCAAGUCAACCAUUGCUCAAUGUGUGCAUCAGCUUUGCGAUCUUGGAGACCUUCUUUGUCAUCGCCUUCAUAUUCUCGUGGCAUUUCAAUGGAAAGGCAAACAGGAGUAGCAGGGUCACUUACAUACUCAUCCUCAUUGGAUACUUGUUUUGCUUUGGCGGCAUCAUAGUGGGCAUUCUCAAGAUCACCAUAGGAGGCGCAGGAUACCACUCAAGCACAUUAUCUCCAUCUACGAUUCAAGCAAUGCUUAAGCUCAUCAAAGCACACGAAUUCAUUUACGUCUCAUCGAUACUCUUCCCGAAACUCGCCAUCCUCGCACUUUAUCACCGUCUCUUCACCUUCAAGUGGUCCCGUUAUGUUAUCUAUUUCACCGGUUUCCUAGUUGUCACGACUUUUCUCUUUGGUUUUAUCUCAGCUCUUGCGAAUUGCAGGCCACUGCCAGCGUUCUGGAACCCAGAAGUCGACCCAAAGUGCACGAUGGAUGUUAUGGCCGUCUUUCAGUACUACAGUGUGCCGAACAUCACCGCGGAUACCUUGGUUCUCGUGCUUCCUUUGCUGAUUAUCGUUUUGCCAACGUUCUCUGUUCUAACAUUCAUCAGCGGAAUCAUUACGGCCGUUUUACGAUUUGUCACUUUCCUUAAUGUCGAUCUUUUCAAUGAUAUCACAUAUUAUAGCAUAUCUACGACCAGCUGGACCAUCAUCGAGCCCGGCGUGUACCUGAUGGCAGCAACCAUGCCCACACUCCGGCCCCUCGUCCGGCACAUCUUCCAAAAGUACAAUACCCCUCGUUUCCUCACUCGAUCAUCUCCCACACUCGCCCCAACGGAUGAAUCGUGGCACUCCAUGACCUCCACCGCAACGCUCGUCAAGCCGCCGCCCCGCGUGCUGAGGAAGAAGUCCACGAGAUCAUUGGGGUCGGAAAGCGCAGAGACGAUUGGUAGGCGUCCGAGCCGGACUCUACAGCUCGACGACUACCAUUCCAUGCAUAGUCUCGGGCUCGUUCGAGUGAGGAGUGCGGAUGAGGAGAGCAUGGUGUGUGCGGACGCGGUCAUACAUGAGACCAUGGGCCAACAGGGUAGAAAUCCGGAUGGCACGCUGAGGGGGUGGAGUCUGCAACGGCCUCAGAAGUUGAGUCCUCUACGGACGAGUUUUUGUACAGUAAAAAAAUAA